AGGAUAACGAUCGGAUAGGGUACUAGGUCACAUCACCCAGUUCGCUUUAUAUAUUCAUCAGGAAGUAAGCCUAUCCAUUUACUCUGUUGAUCUUCUCGAAGCACCUUUUACAAGAUGGGUCGUGUAAUGUUCUCGUCUGCUGUGCGUCAUUUGUGUUGUUCCACGGCUGUUCUCUUGACCACUGCCGCUGUCGCUGACAACCGGGCACCAGAAGUUGAGCUACGCGACUCCUUACGGGGGGCCGCCCUUUCCUACUACAGUGCUGCCGACCUGGCCGCUCCGACGGCGGGGGAGACGAAGAAGCUAUGGAAGAAGCGGAUGCAGGAACUGUCGGCGAUGCUGAGCGACGAAGCGGCCGCGAAAGAGGGCUUCGACUGGUUUCGCAAAACGUACAACGUCCAGUAUAAAGAUGGGGACCAAGUAGAAAACGACGGAAGUCAACAUCAGCUUUUCGUGCAGCAGAAGUUUGAAACCUUCCGCGAAAACGUGAAACAGGCCCUGAAGUUGAACAUCAAGAGUGACGGCAAAGCGGUGUUCGGUAUCACGCGGUUUAUUAUGGAUUGUAAAAAUGUCUGGGUCUGGAAGAGUCAUGCUGUUUUUGCAUGACACAGAAGGUCUGGCAUGGAAGCUCUAGCAUCACAGGUUUCGAGAGCCUUCCGCAAUGCCGAAUCCGCAUGACAAGUCCCCUAUUUCGCUGACAAAAAGUGGGAGCUUUUGCUACGUAUGCAUGAGAGACUUUUCUGUGUUCUGAAAUACGCAUUACAAGUUGCAUUCUUCCAGACCCAGACAUUUUUACAUUUGAUAUUUAUGGACUUAACAGCGGGCGAGUUCCGGAAAAUGUACAAGAACGGCGGUUACGCACCGCACAUAUCGAGCUGGGUCUGGAAUAAAGUUCGAACUUGUUGUAGGUAUUACUGGUGGUCCCACAUGAAACCUGUGAGAUCUGUAUUUUUGCAUGACCAACUAUAAUUGUAAAAGCCACAGCAUCUUAAUCUUUUGUCCUGCAAAAACGCAAUUCCUAUCUCAUGCGGGCUCUGUGUGAGAAAGCGUUGGCGUUCUGCAAUCUUCCGGAGAUGCAUCUUCCGGAGACGUGGCCAUCUUCUCAUUGUAGCAUCACAAGUUUCCAGACAUGCAGGGAUAUUUGCGAUGGAUAGCGGCAAAACGUUUUCGGAUGACCAGAUCGCGGAUAUGAUGCAGGACGUUCCCGAGGUGAGGCGCGGAUACACAGAUUAUUCUUCAAAGUUUAUAUGUUCAUGGGCGUCGUAGAAGUUGUUUUUACUUUUGUUUUAGCGUUUUAGGCCUUUUUGUUGGCUCUUUUCGGAUAUCUUUGAAGUCUUUCGUCAUGGUUGGCACAGCACAUUGAUUUUGAGUACAUCCUUCAAUCAGGCCGUUGUCCCGAAGGCCUCCCUGCUCGACUCCACUUCCGCCACCAGCUCGCGCGAUUGGCGGAAGGAGGGCGUGGUAACGCCCGUGAAGGACCAAGGCCAGUGCGGAUCCUGCUGGGCGUAUCGUAAAGAAAAUUCCCCCUCCCCACAUUGAAAAGGAGAUUUGUAAUGCUGAUUUGUGGCCACAGAUCCGCUUUGUCUUGCGUACCAGGCAAACGGCACCAAUGUGGCGCAUCGUAUACAGCGAGUCUGUCAUGCGUUUUCGCCUUUGUCAGACUUGUUUCUCAUGCUCAGCUGCUAGCCGGAUGCGUAGCACCCAAAUGGGCGUAGAAUAUGCCGGCAAGCUCUUGCUGCAAUACAAAGCUCAUUUGUGUAUACAAAUGCAGCAACAGAAAUUGUCUUUUGAAUAUGGGGCAGGGGCUUUUUUCACUUUGAUAGGGCGUUUUCGACGGUCGAGACGGUCGAGUCGGCGGUGCAUUUGUUGGACAAGAGUUCCUAAGAAAUGCAAAUGUGUCUGGGUCUGGAAGGUUGGUGGAACUUGUCAUGCUAAAUCUGAAUCAUGCAGAAAGUCUGUGUUGCAUGAUUACCAACGGCCGUCCUUUCUUACCAAGUUGAGAGGGAAUUUCUCAUGCAGGAUAGGCAUGAUAGAGAUCUCACAGAGCUUGUCAUGCUAGGCCCUGCAUUCGAGACCUCAUGGGUCAUGGAAAACCUGCAUUCUACUACACUUCGCAUUCCACCAGACCCAGACAUAUUUGCAAGCCAUAGUUCCGGUUUUAUUGGUGCGCCGCAGGAACUGGUUUCGUGCGACCACGGCAUGGACUUCGGGUGUAACGUAUGUAUUGCAAAUAUGUCUGGGUCUGGAUGAGUGGAACUUGUAUGUAAUGCUGUCUGCGGAUUCCAAAAAUAUCUGUGUUGCAUGAGCAGCAAGAGGAGUCAGCUCCUGGCACGCGGAGAGGGCAUGUCUCAUGCGUAAAAAUUAGCAUCAAGAAGCUCUCUUCAUCAAAAAAUCUGUGAUGCUAGCACCAGCAUCACAGACCUCACGGGUCAUGCAAAAUGUGCAUGGCAGCGGCAAGCCCUGACUCUUCCGGACCCAGACACUUUUGCAGUUCAUAUAACGGGGGAUUGCCCACCCACGCCUACAAGUUCCUCGAAAAAAACGGGUUAGAAGCCGAGAGUGACUACCCCUACACUAGCGGCACCACGAAAGAGUCGGGCACCUGCAAGAUGGACCCGAAGAAAUCGGAGUGGAAGGUAUAAUGGUAUGAUACUUGGUAAGUGUGAGUAGUGAAGACACGGUCGUCCUCUAUGUAGCAUGACGAUGCACUUCUACGAGUUUUAUAGUAUUCUGAAAAAGCAUGUAGAAAUGGUGCGGUCGUGUCUUCCUUGAAGGAGCCGUUUUAAGAGUUUGUCUUCUGCCGCAGAUGUAACUCUAAGUCAACGAAGAUUAUCACCAAAGGUCACCGGCUACACCCGCGUGGCCCACGGCAUGCGCAUCUUCCCGUGGACGGUGAUAUCAAUGUAUCCCAGAGAAAAAAGCUGGCAGGGCAUAUUUGUAAUGCAAAAAUGAAUACACAGAAAAAUUUGUCAUGGGCGCCCCAUACCAUGCUGCUCCGGACGUGCAAUACAGGUUUUUUUGUGUAUUUAUUUUUGCAUUACAAAUAUGACCUGCCAGCUUUUUUCUCUGGGAUACAAUGGCAGAAAAUGCUAGCCCAGCACGCUUGUUUGUUCAAUAAAUUCAGCAGCAACUGUAUCGCACAGUGAUCUACUUCGUCGUUGAGAGUGCUGGCAUUUUGCAAAAGAAAAAACUCUACUCCCAUGUUACUUACCCCAGUGUGCAGGAGGUUGCCACCCGUUUAGGACAAUGAAUUCAAUGUGCUGGCUUAGAUUUUCCGCUGGGAUAUGUCAGUCGGGGGGAGAAGGCCAUGAAAGACUACUUGCUGAACAACUAUGGAAUCGAAAAGUGGUGUUUUCCUCGUCAUCAUGAUCAUCUGACAUAUCCUCACUGAGGUGUUGCCGGAUCACUGAGGUCCUGCUAGUAUUAUAACCAGGCUUCCUGCUUUGUUUCGCAGUAGUGCAGGCGGGUCACAUUUACAACAAAUGCAACGAACGAUUCAGUAUGUUAAGCUCAAGUUCCAGCCGUGCGCAAGCUUUUCAAGCGCCGACCUGGGUCUUCCGUGAAAGGACAACAGGGGCGGGCGUUGGGUGGUAUCACGUAUGCGUGCUGUGAUCUCCAACUGAGACCAUGAUGAUGAAGAGCCCCACUUUUCAAUUCAAUAGCGCGGGCCCCUUGUCGAUUGGCGUCGAUGCCAGCGCUAUCAAAUGUAAGAAUGUCUGGGUCUGGAAGAAUGCAUGUUUGUCAUGCUUGUCUGGCAUGACUCUCAAAUUUGUCAUGCACGUUACCCAAGAGCUCCAUUUUUCUGCGAUGCAGAAACGCAGUUUGUCAUGCAGAAUAGGCAACACCUAGAAGCUGAAGCUCAGAAACUUGUCAUGCCGAGCCAGGAUCUGUGGCCUCAUCAUGAGACGACACCCAGCAUCACAAGUUUCCAGACCCACACAUUUUUACAUUUGAUAAGCGCGUGGCAGACCUACCAGCAGGGCAUUCUCGACGCGGCUUCCUGUGAGUCCGAACGCAUUGACCAUGCGGUGCAGGUAAGGAAAAGAGUAGUUCUUCAAAUGUGUAAAGUAGCGUGAAGAACCAGCAUGAGAAAUGAAAGUGAGACUACCGUAUUCAUCCUGAACCAUCCCGACACUUGUACAUUACUGUAUUAGUACAAAAUUGUUGUAAGUAUACAACAAAAGGUUGUUGCGCUCGAGCAGAGCGCAGCGGAGAAGAACGGCGAUGCGUACUGGGUGGUCCGCAACUCGUGGACGACGGAGUGGGGCGAGGCCGGGUUCAUCCGCCUAACGACCGACGAAAACACGUGCCUGAUUACCGGCAUGGCCACGGCGGCAACGGUGGAGAAGAUGGACAGCAGUAAAGACCUGAUGUCCUGGGACCAGGCGGUCUACCUGGCCAAGAGGAAGGUGGAAGAGGAGCUGCACAUUUGAGAAGUUUUUCUUGAUGAUGCUCUCUCCGAAAAAAUGAAAAACGCACACUCAUCUUACAUUUGUGUAUCCAUAUGAAGACUUGCUAGACCAAUAUCACAAAUUUCAGCUCCUGUCAAAGAACUUUUGGUUUUUGCUGUCACGUUGCAAAAAUCCGGUACAGUUUUUGUGAUUCGCAAAAAUACAAUGCACCAUGCUGCUAUAAUAGUUUUCGGUGUCAUCUUGUUCUGCGCUCACGUAGAAAAUGGAGGCAAUUGUAGCUGGCCCUUCCACAGUGCGCACGUAUUGAGGCUCAUCUUUAUGCACCUACAAAUAUGCCUACUUUCAUCAUAUGUGAUAGUCGUUGUCGUAGCAUUUCAAUUCUGCUCCGUCUUGUUCACGAAAAAUUUUGCUUCAUACACAGAACUUGUGAAAUAACCUAAACACUAUACUACACACCGCGGAAAAU